AUGAUUGACUUGAGCUUCCUGACCGAGGAGGAGCAAGAAGCCAUCAUGAAGGUUCUGCAGAGGGAUGCUGCUCUGAAGAGAGUGGAAGAGGAGAGAGUCAGACAUUUGCCUGAAAAAAUUAAGGAUGACCAACAGUUGAAGAAUAUGAGUGGCCAGUGGUUUUAUGAAGCCAAGGCAAAAAGGCACAGAGACAGAAUUCAUGGUGCAGAUAUCAUCAGAGCAUCCAUGAGAAAGAAGAAGCUCCAGGUAGCAGCUGAGCAGAGUAAGGACAGAGCAAAUGAGGCAAAGGAAAGCUGGGUGAAUAACGUCAACAAAGAUGCUAUCCUUCCCCCAGAGCUAACUGGUGCUCUAGAAGAGCCAGAGGAUGUAGCACCAGCAAGCCCAAGUUCUAGCGUGGUAAAUCCAGCUUCCACCGUGAUUGAUAUGUCCCAGGAAAACACAAGGAAGUCAGCUGUGUCUCCGGCUAAGCAAAGGAAGAACCCAUUUAAUAGCUCCAAGUUGCCAGAAGAUCACUUAUCUCAACAAACCAAAAGUGAGCCGUCAAAAAAUGGAAAGGCUGGUUUCUUUCAGACUUCAAAAGAAGGUGAAUUGUCAGAGUCAAAAGAAGAAUUGUCGAUCCCAGAUAUUUCAAGCCAAAAUUUAGAGAAACCAAAGCAGACAUUUCCAGGCCCUGAGAAUGGAUCUCAGAUCAAAGCUCCAAUCCCCAAAGCCAGGAAAAUGCUCCACAAAUCACAUGAGUUAAAGCAAGAUGAUAACCAGCCUUUUCCUAGACAAAGGACAGACUCCCUGGGUGCAAGGGGGGCUCCGAGAGGGAUCCUGAAGCGCAACUCCAGUUCUAGCAGCACAGACUCUGAAACGGUUCGUUUUCUUCAGAACUUUGAACCCAAAAGCAAAAUUGUGUCACCUGGCCUAACCAUCCAUGAGAGAAUUUCUGAGAAGGAGCAUUCCUUGGAAGAUGACGACUCUUCAAACUCCCUGGAGCCAUUAAAACAUGUGAGAUUCUCUGCAGUGAAGGAUGAACUCCCACAGAGCCCUGGGCUAAGCCACGGCCGGGACAUAGGAGAAUUUAGUGUUUUAGAAUCUGACAGAUUGAAGAAUGGAGCAGAAGAUAAAGUGGACGUAGAUGAGUUUUGGAAUGACCCUAAACCUCCCCAGUACAGAAAGCCUUUGCCUUUACAUCAAUCAGCCUCAAGCCCAAGUGCAUCAAAAAAUGAAACAUGUCAGCCAAUGACUUCUGGUUCUUUUCCAAUUAAUGGGCACCGUUCUCCCUCACAAGUUUUAACUACAAGACCAGAGUCCAUUGAGAAUUCACCUACCAUCAAUGAACACAAAGCCAAACCAUCAGAAUUGUCAAGGCUUAAAUCAGAAUUGUCCAAAAGCCCUGCUGAUGGACUGUCUUGUGUUGAGCCUGAGCCAUCUCAGGUGCCAGGUCACAGUUCUAGAGACCAUCAGCAAGGUUCAGAAGAAGAACCCAGUCCUGUCUUGAAAACUUUGGAAAGGAGUGCUACUAGGAAAAUGCCUUCCAAAAGUCUAGAAGACAUUUCAUCAGAUUCACCAAAUCAAGCAAAAGUAGAUAAUCUGCCAGAAGAAUUAGUACGUAGUGCUGAAGAUGAUCAAAAAGCAGAUCAGGAACCAGAUACAAAUGAAUGCAUACAAGGAAUUUCCACAGUGCCUUCACAACCUGAUAAUCAGUUUUCCCACCCUGACAAACUCAAAAGGAUGAGCAAGUCCGUUCCAGCAUUUCUCCAAGAUGAGAGUGAUGACAGAGAAACAGAUACAGCAUCAGAAAGCAGUUACCAGCUCAGCAGACACAAGAAGAGCCCAAGCUCUUUAACCAAUCUUAGCAGCUCCUCUGGCAUGACGUCCCUGUCUUCUGUGAGCGGCAGUGUGAUGAGUGUUUACAGUGGAGACUUUGGCAAUCUGGAAGUGAAAGGAAAUAUUCAGUUUGCAAUCGACUAUGUGGACUCAUUGAAGGAGUUGCAUGUCUUUGUGGCCCAGUGUAAAGACUUAGCAGCAGCAGAUGUUAAAAAACAGCGCUCAGACCCAUAUGUAAAGGCCUAUCUGUUACCAGACAAGGGCAAAAUGGGCAAGAAGAAAACACUUGUAGUGAAGAAGACCUUGAAUCCUGUGUAUAAUGAGAUACUGCGGUAUAAAGUCGAAAAGCAAAUCUUAAAAACACAAAAGCUGAACCUGUCCGUUUGGCAUCGAGAUACAUUUAAGCGCAAUAGUUUUCUAGGGGAAGUGGAACUUGACUUGGAAACUUGGGACUGGGACAACAAACAGAAUAAACAACUGAAGUGGUACCCUCUGAAGCGAAAGACAGCACCAGUUGCCCUUGAAGCAGAAAACAGAGGUGAAAUGAAGUUAGCUCUCCAGUAUGUUCCAGAUCCAAUUCCUGGUAAAAAGCUUCCUACAACUGGAGAAGUGCACAUCUGGGUGAAGGAAUGUCUCGAUCUACCUCUGCUAAGGGGCAACCAUCUAAAUUCUUUUGUUAAAUGUAUCAUCCUUCCAGAUACAAGUAGGAAAAGUCGCCAAAAGACAAGAGCUGUAGGGAAAACCACCAACCCUGUCUUCAACCACACCAUGGUGUAUGAUGGUUUCAGGCCUGAAGAUCUGACAGAAGCCUGUGUAGAGCUUACUGUCUGGGACCAUUACAAAUUAACCAACCAGUUUUUGGGAGGUCUUCGGAUUGGCUUUGGAACAGGUAAAAGCUAUGGCACUGAAGUGGAUUGGAUGGACUCUACUUCAGAGGAAGUUGCUCUCUGGGAAAAGAUGGUGAAUUCCCCCAAUACUUGGAUUGAAGCAACCCUGCCUCUCAGAAUGCUAUUAAUUGCCAAGAUUUCAAAAUGA